AAUAUUUAGAAUCAAUCGAAAAACUUGAACUCUGCCACUUUCACUGCUUUGGCAUUUGAUAUAUUUGAAUUUCUUUUGGCACCUGCCAAAUGUAUAACAUAGGAAAUUAACAAAUUGCUCAAAACUUAAAUGCAAAUAACUAACUCAAACACUAAGCGAAUUGCCAAGCUCACUGAGAGCGCCGAGAGCUGGGCGAGCACCGUGAGCCAAGCGCAGCUGAAAAGUUGGCCAGGUGCCCGCCAGGGCUCGACGAAAGAAAAAAAAAAAGCAAGCAAACGCAGCAGUUGAAAUAAGUGCGAGAGACAAAGCGAGGCGAAAACCAGUGCAAUACCAAGCGACUGCCCGUUCGGAGCUGUCAGCAGUUAAGUUUCCCAAAAGAAAAUACGAAACUAAACCAAAAAAAAAAAAACAAACAACAACAACAAAUAUGCGCUUGGAGCUGCAGCUGAAGAUGCUGCUGCUGCUUUCGCCGGCGCUGCAGGCCGCAGUUGUGCCGCAGCUGGAGCUGGAGCCCGUGGACGCAGUGCAGGAGAUUGGCUAUCUGGAGCUGAAGCCGAAUGGCACGUUGAUCUUGCGACAUGCCGCCCAUCAGAGUGACGGCAAUCUGCAGAAUUUGCUGUUGCUGCGCAGCGUGUUGCAGGCACUGAAGCUGCAUCCCGGCGAGGAGCAGUCCAAGCUUAACAUCAGGAUCUAUGGCGAUGGUGUGGAGCAGAAGUUUCCGCCGCUGCUGGAGAACAUAAUACAGCGCAUACAAACAUUCUUCUCCAUCUACCGCUAUACGGACACCAGUCGACCCGUGCGCAAAGAUGAGCCAACCACGGAGCCGGCCGUAAGCACGCGAAGAGCCGAAGAUCCGAAGGCAACUCAAGUGCCCCAACAGCAGGUUGCCUGAUUAAAUGUGGGCGAGGAUUGGACUGCGGAUUGGACUGAAAUAUGAGAGAUAUUAUAUUUAUUUAUUUGGUAUUUAUUUUGGUGUUUAGCUUAGCGAUUGACCAGCAAUAAAAGCCACGCUCCACGGCUAUUGUAACUGUAACGUGGAGGGGCGCCCGCAUUUUGGCCAGCUUAUGGCUGGGCACGUCUCCACGGCUACUUAGUAUGCGUCGCCGUGUCUGGAGCGCGAUUUA